UUUAGUUAAACCCUUGGGGAACCCAUAAGCAGAAAAUCCUUCAGAAGGUAAAGAACAUUUCACUCCAUCACCAACAAAAAUAAUCUCCUUGAUUGGAUGGAAAUCAGAAACACAAACACUCCUCCUCCAAUCCUUGAAGAGGAUGAUCAGAAAGAGAUACUCCAUUUCAGUCAUCCACAACAUAAACUGACUCAAAUCAACCUUCCCUAUAUCUUCAUGUGCAAGGGUUGCAAAGAAUUCGGCGCAGGCAACAGGUUCAAAUGUCUACAAUGUGAUUUUCAACUCCAUCACUUCUGUGCUUUGGCUCCCCCAUCUGUAAAGAGUCACUCACUCCACACCCAACACUCCCUCGUCUUCCUCACUAAACCAGGUGGGUAUUUGAGAUCAAGCUGCGAUGUAUGCAGCAAGGCCAUGAAAGGUUAUGCUUUCCGUUGCAGUACAUGUAAUUUCGCGAUGCAUCCUUGUUGUGCUCAGCUUUCCAUGGAAAUGAACUUUCCGGUGCAUGCCCACAACCUCAAACUCUUAUCAUCUACGAUGUCAACAAGUGGAGACUCGGAUUUUUUCUGUUCUGAGUGUAAGAGGAAGCGAUCCGGCCAGGUUUAUGGAUGUGGGGUUUGUGAUCAGUAUCACCUCCAUGCAGUUUGUGCUAAGAAUAUGGUGAAUGGUCUAUAUGCCAGUGGCAUCAGGCCUCCUGAAAACCCUAGAAAGUUUGGGCGAGUGGUUGGCAUUGCAUCUAAUGUGAUAAUAGGGUUCAUUGGAACCCUUCUUGAGGGGAUUGGAGAGGGGGUUGGAGGAGCUUUAUUUGAUACUAUUGCGAAGAAAAGUAGCUCCACUAGUAGAGGAAUAUGAAAGUAAACAUGCAAAUUUCGUA